UCAGACUUAGCUUCUACUGUUCUCCCCUGUAAGGCUGUAACACCAUUACGCCAACGCUCUGAAAACCCUAACACUCAGACAGAGCUCAUCGGCAUCGCUUGCACUCUCUCAUCUGUCGGCGCUCCCUCCGUCGUCUCCCCUAACCCGUCUUUGCUGGCGUUCACACUCCCUCGGCACUCAUUACUCACCGCGUCGGUCAGCCAAUGGAGGUCGCCUUUCCUUUCUCCGCGCCGCCAGUCUCUGCCCUCCUUCCUCUAUCAUCUCUUCUCAUCUGCUCUACCUUCUUCUCAGCCAACGGGAACGGUGGAAGUUUCGAUUCGGUGAACGAGUACCUUCUCCGGAACAUUCUGGCGAGGCUCCCGGCUCGUUGGUUCGCUUCCGCUGCUUGCGUCAGCAAAUCAUGGAGCUCUGUCCUUAAUCGAAUCCUUACUCGUCCAAAGCUCUCUUCUGCCCUUUCUCUCAAUCCUUCACUUUCCGUGAGUUUCACCUAUUUCCUCCAAAUCAAAACAUUUCUUAAAAGCUAGGGUUAAUUGAAAAUGGAAAUGGAGCUUCGUGAUUCUAUCAGCUUGUUUUUGGAGUAAAAUUCCCAGCUUCAAUUCUUCAAGGCUUUCUUUGUUAGAUCGGGGAUUUAUAUAUGUUAUAGCUCAUAUAUGUGGAGGUGGAGAAAUGGGGAGGCCGUGGUAUGAGAAUGGGAAAUUUCUGAAGAAAAAGAACAUCUUCACUGAUUUUAUUGCUUGUGCUGAAUACUUGAUUGAGAACAAAUUUUGUUCUAAGGAAAGUCUGUGCAUUGGGGGAAGAAGUGCUGGAGGUUUGCUAUUUGGUGCAGUUCUUAAUAUGAGACCAGAUUUAUUCAAGGCAGCUGUUGCUGGAGUACCUUUUGUGGAUGUUUUGACAACUAUGCUUGAUCCAACUAUUCCUCUCACCACUUCAGAAUGGAAGGAAUGGGGUGACCCUAGGAAGGAAGAAUUUUACUUCUACAUAAAGUCAUAUUUCCCCGUUGAUGAUGUGAAGGCACAGAAUUAUCCACACAUUCUUGUCACUGCUGGAUUAAAUGACCCACGGGUUAUCUAUUCUGAACCUUCAAAGUUCGUGGCAAAGAUGAGGGAUAUGAAGACUGAUGAUAACAUACUGCUUUUUAAAUGCGAACUUGGUGCUGGCCAUUUUUCAAAGCCGGGGAGAUUUGAGAAGCUCCAAGAAGAUGCCUUCACUUAUAUCUUCAUCCUGAAGGCUCUAAAUAUGAUGAACGAGCUCAAGUUUUAAAUUCCAUGAGGCAUGGAUGCGGUUAAAGAGAAGGAGCAAAACACUUCCUUCCUAGGCUUCAUAAAUAACAUGUCAGACAUUUGGGUCCCGUUAGGCAUUUGCAUUGCCCACAACUAUCGGAUUUUCAUUGAUAAAUAAUAAAAUCCCAAAUAAUAUUGUUUUUCUAGGGUUCAAAACCCUAUUAUAUCUGGUUAGUGGUUACUGCGUUGUUGUCAUGCAUGGUUCCGAUCCAGAGAAGAGAGAAAAAUUUUGUUAUCCCCGAUCCACGUAUAUAAAUUUUUUGUUAUUGUGAAUUUUAAUUAACUGAUUUGAUUUGAUUUUCUGCUGUUAUGUGAAAUGUUGUUUCCGUUUAUGAAAUGCAUACAUUUGACUGAGGUGUAUCAUUUCCAUGAUAUGAUUGACAUGCUUGUUGGGUGUGGCUACAAGAAAGGAACCACAUUGCUUGGUUAUGGUUAUGACUUCAGGCAAAGCAAUAGAAUUGACAAACUGAUGGAUGGCCUUAAAGCCAAGUUGAAAACUGCUUACAAAGCCUCUGGUGGAAGGAAAGUUAACUUGAUUUCCCAUUCUAUGGGAGGAAUCAUGAUCCUGUGUUUCUUGUCUCUUCACCGUGAUCUGCGCUUACAAAACUCAUGUUAUUUCUACGAUAUAUUGCAUAGAGUUAGAGAAGAAAGUUAUCCCAUGUAGUUUGAAAAUACUUACCAGUGAGUUUGGACAUUGUUUUGGCAGGAUUUUGUCAAAUAUGUGAAUAAGUGGACUUGCUUGGCGUGUCCUUUUCAAGUGCCUCCACGGAUAAAAGUGAAGAAUCAACUUCAAUUGAAGCAUGUGUAGUAGAAAAGAGCUUGGAACUACAAGGGAAAGAAAAGGAAUUGAGCAUGAGUUGCAAGUGGAAGACGUCUAGAUCAAGGAAUUAGAAGAAGUGGUUGAAGAAUUUGAAGUUGAACAAGAAAACAAGCUUGAGAAAGCUUGUCAAGAGUUGGAGAUCAUACAAGAAGCACUAUCACCUCCUUCAUUUAAGUGGGUAACAUCCUUAACCUUGAGCUUCAUUAUUCCACUUGAAUAUGGUUUGAUUGAAAAUGAUAGUUAACUUAGGAAUAUUUGUGGAUUGAACAAUAAAGGAAAAUUAGGUAGUGGUUGGGAACAUGAUCCUAGGUUCAUAGAAGUUGAAUCUUUUGAAGUUUUGCUUUAAUGGUUAGUGUAAUUCUCAAGUAAGUAGAUAUUGGAGGAUGUUUGGAUGCUUGAGUGAGAACUCUAAGUGCUUGCCACCCGGAUGGAAUCACGUGAGUCAACAAGAAGAUCGAGUGUACAAGAUUUGGGAUCCCGAAGGCUAUUGGAGAUGCAAAUAUUGGUGGGGA